UUAACUUAAGAUGUUCAGACCAGUAUUUAAGUGAAAUUAUUAACCAUUGGGUCCAAAUUAAUCUGGAUGAUACAAUUUAUAAUGAGUGGAAAUUGAUAGAUGAAGAAUUUUUGGAAAAUAGCAAAAAAUCCAUUUUACAGGCUAUUAUAAUGUUUGACAACGCCGAUGUUAACAGUGAUUUUUUUAUUUAUUGUUGGGAUGGUAAAGAAUUCUUUAAAUUUACCUCCUUCAAAUAUCCUAAGGAUAUUAGCAAACAUUGCAAUUGCAGUCACAGCGCGUUACAAGGAGAGAUAAUUGUUGCAAGAGGAUAUAAUUUGUAUCUUCUUGGAGGACAACAUACUUGUAACCAAAAUUAUAAUAAAAAAGUAUGGCGAUAUUCUUUGAUUUCAAAGAAAUGGUAUUUUCAGACAGUAAUGCCAAUUGCAAGAAGAGAUAUGAUCGCUGUAUUUAUCAAAAAUAAAUUAAUAAUUCUGGCUGGUAUAGGACAUCAUGGAAGAAAAGUUAAUCGUAUUGAUAUUUAUGACGUACAUGCAGAUUCCAAAAAAACCCCCGAUACUCACAUUUGACAAUGGGUGGUGUCAUUUAAAUACACAGGAAAAAGUUUUAAAUGUUGCAUGCAACAUGCAAGAUUGUAGUCACGUUGGUUUCAAAUAUAUACCAAUGAACGAUUUGGAUUAUUACAAGACAUCGCGCACACAUGAGUUUAUAAAGAACAUGUACUUAUUAAAUAUAUGCUAUGAUAUAAAACUCUUCAAAGUAUCAUCAAAUAACGAAGAGGAAGAGAUUUAUGAAUUACCGAUAAUAGCAUGUUGCAAAAGGAAAAUUGAUUCGGAGUCGUGUUAUUCAAUUGAUUAUUCCAAUUUGCAUUUGCAUUGCAUCCCCUUGCAUAACUUACCUUCGUUAUGCCGCAGAUCAGAAUUUUUCAACCUCAUGGAUCCAAAUCACUUGCAUACAUCACUAUUAAGAAAUACAAAUUGAUUUAUGUUUAGGAAUAAGCUUUAGGUUUAUUGUUUAUUAUUGCUGCAUUUUAAAUCCUCAUAAAAAUAAUGACACAUUUCCGAUAUAAAGAAAUUGUUCCGAAUUGUUUAUAGAGUCGCAACAUUUCGACGAAUCAUGUUUUGAUAGAACAUCAGCUGUGAAAAUUUGAAUUAUAUUUUAAUAUAAAAUUAGAUUAGAGUUAAAUCUCUAUAUGUAAAAAUGACUCAUUUAUAUAAAUACAGUAGACUUUGUUAUUGCUAUUGUAAAUAAAGCUGCUUUUUCAUGGCA